AUGCUGCACCUGAAGGUCCAGUUUCUGGAUGACUCCCAGAAGAUCUUUGUAGUUGAUCAAAAAUCCUGCGGAAAAGGGCUGUUCAACCUCGCCUGCAGCCACCUCAACCUUGCGGAGAAGGAGUACUUCGGGCUGGAGUUUCGCAGCCAGGCUGGGAACCACGUCUGGUUGGAACCACUAAAACCCAUAACAAAGCAAGUCAAAAAUCCUAAGGAGGUUCUUUUCAAAUUUAUGGUGAAAUUUUUCCCAGUGGACCCCGGCCAUCUGAGAGAAGAGCUGACCAGGUACCUCUUCACCCUCCAGAUCAAGAAGGACCUGGCACUGGGGCGGCUGCCCUGCAGUGACAAGAGCGCGGCACUGCUCGUCUCCCACCUGCUGCAGUCCGAGCUGGGCGACUUCCACGAGGAGACGGACCAGCAGCACCUGGCAACCCACAGGUACCUGCCCAACCAGGAGUACCUGGACAACAAGAUCAUGCACUACCACCGGAGACACGGAGGGAAGACGCCAGCUGAGUCGGACGUUCAGCUGCUGGACGUGGCCAGGAAGCUGGAGAUGUACGGGAUUCGCCCGCACCCCGCCAGCGACGGCGAGGGGACGCAGAUCAACCUGGCUGUGACACACAUGGGGGUGCUGGUCCUGCGGGGCAAUACAAAGAUCAACACCUUCAACUGGUCCAAAAUUCGCAAACUGAGUUUCAAGAGGAAGCAUUUUCUCAUCAAGCUCCAUGCAAACGUCUCUGCACUGUGCAAGGACACGUUGGAGUUCACCAUGGCGAGCCGGGACACCUGCAAGGCUUUCUGGAAGACAUGCGUGGAGUACCAUGCCUUCUUCAGGCUGUCUGAAGAGCCCAAGUCAAAGCCUAAAGCCCUUCUGUGCAGCAAGGGCUCCAGUUUCCGCUACAGUGGGAGGACUCAGCGGCAGCUGCUGGAGCAUGGCAGGAAGGCAAAGAUGAAGAGCCUGCCCUUCGAGAGGAAGCACUAUGCAUCCCGCUACGAUGAGAGGCAGUGCCGUUCCUCCCCGGAUCUCCUGACAGACGUCUCCAAGCAGGUGGAGGAGCUGCGCCUGGCCUACGGCAGC